AUGUUUGACAGCUCGGGCCAGCCGUCUGGGGCCGCGCCGGCGUCGGGCGGCUCGGGCGGCGGCGGCGGCGGCGGCGGGCGUGCCGCUCUCGGCUGUCGGGUCCGCCGCCGCCGCCGCCCGGGCGCAGAUCCCGGAACCGCGCCGCGAAUGCCGCAGCGCGGCGAAUCGCGGCGCGACUCCACUCCCGGAUCCGCCGGCGCCGGCGCUGACCCGGAAGCAGCAGGCCCCGCCCCUACCCUGCGCGCUCCGCCCAAUGAGAGCCGGCCGCCGGCGGCGCGCGGCUCGGAGGGGCACAAGAUGGCCGCCCGAGGGGAGACGUUCCGUGACUCAGGAGCCGUGACUCAGGGGGCGGUGACUCAGGGGGUCGUGAUGCCGUGGCGCCACGGCUGCACACUGCAGGCUCCGCCCCUGCGCCGCCCCCAGUGUGUGCCGUUAGAGACGCCCGGCACGUCAGAGAUGGUCUGUUGA